UCAGAGUACGCUACAAUUCAAAACGAGACGUCUCUGUUUAUGUUCAACACACCUCCAACAUAUUAUUCUGCUGUCCGCACGGAGAGCGAAGCAUUAAAAAAAAAACAUUUUGGGGAAUGUAACUUUGUACAGGAAGAGAGCUAACACGUCGUAUGAUUGGCCAUUCUGACAGUUUUUUUUGUAUCAAACAUUGAGAUUUGUUGACAAAUUGCCUUUGUUAGCUGGUAAACAAGCUAACUCAACGAACUUGGUCUGAAGCGGCGGGUGGUAGAUGGUUGUCACCCGCUCACUGAGCGGUGUGUCUCGGCAGGAGGAGCGCAUCGACUCCGCUGGUUGCAGCGGCGACAACCAACAGGCACAUGCAGGAUGAGGAGGCGGAGCUGAAGCUCAGCUGACCCCACCCAUUUAGUGUGACCUCCCUCCUACCCUCACCCAUCCAGCCAGUCGGGCCCAUGUUCUCUCCAGAGCAGGAAAAUAUCUCCCCCUCCUCCACCUCCUCCUCCAAAGUGCCGGUGAAAUAUGGAGAGCUCAUGGUGCUGGGGUACAAUGGCUCUCUACCCAACGGUGAUCGAGGCAGGAGGAAAAGCCGUUUCAGUCUGUCUAAGAGACCCAAGGCUAAUGGGGUCAAACCCAGCACAGUGCACGCUGCCUGCACCGCACAGGCAGCUAAGGCUAUCAGCAACAAGGACCAACACAGCAUCUCCUACACGUUAUCCAGAGGUCAGACGGUGGUGGUGGAAUAUACUCAUGAUAACAGCACAGACAUGUUCCAGAUUGGUCGUUCCACAGAGAGCCCCAUAGACUUUGUGGUAACCGACACGGUGGCAGGGAGCCAGAGUAACUCAGACACCCAGUCAGUCCAGAGCACCAUCUCUCGCUUCGCCUGCCGUGUCAUGUGUCAGAGGACGCCCCCCUACACCGCACGCAUCUACGCUGCCGGCUUCGACAGCUCCAAGAACAUCUUCCUAGGGGAGAAGGCGGCUAAAUGGAAGACGUGUGACGGUCAGAUGGACGGGCUGACCACCAACGGCGUGCUGGUGAUGCACCCUCGCCACGGCUUCACGGAGGACUCCAAACCGGGCGUCUGGAGAGAGAUCUCCGUCUGCGGUAACGUCUUCACCCUCCGAGAGACCCGCUCCGCUCAGCAGCGGGGCAAGAUGGUAGAGGCAGAGAGCCAGGAGCUGGUGGAUGGCUCUCUGAUAGACCUGUGUGGAGCCACGCUCCUGUGGCGCACGGCCGAGGGCCUGAGCCGCACCCCCACCAUCAAACACCUGGAGGCGCUACGUCAGGAAAUCAACGCAGCCCGGCCCCAGUGUCCCGUCGGCUUCAACACCCUGGCCUUCCCCUCCAUGAGACGCAAGGACACCCCAGAUGAGAAGCAGCCGUGGGUCUAUCUCCAGUGUGGCCACGUCCAUGGUUACCACAACUGGGGAAGCCACCGGGACAGAGACAGGCUGGACCGGGACAGAGACAGGCUGGACCAGGACCAGGAGGAGAGGGAGCAGGGCUGGAGCAGGGAGUGUCCUAUGUGUCGAGCCACUGGGCCGUACGUUCCCCUCUGGUUGGGCUGCGAGGCAAGCUUCUAUCUGGACACGGCUCCGCCCACCCACGCCUUCUCACCGUGUGGUCACGUGUGUUCCGAGAAGACUGCUGUGUUCUGGAGUCAGAUCCCGCUGCCGCACGGAACACACACCUUCCACGCCUCCUGUCCCUUCUGCGCCCAGCAACUGAGUGGCGAGCAGGGAUACGUUAGACUCAUCUUCCAGGGCCCUCUCGACUAGGGGGACUAUUUGUCCUUGGUCGGAACUACUUUCCUUUUGGUCGCAAAGGAACGACGCUUAGAACCUCCAACUGCCUGGGAUUUUGGGGCGGGGGGGAUUUCUGGAAUGUUCUCUCCGUUUCUGUUUGACUCUGUGCUUUUAAGUGACCUUUUGUAUUUUUGAUUUUUAUUGGGAAUGAAAACAAAGAUUUCUAUAUUUUCAUGUGAAACUAGAAGAGAAAGAAACCAACACUACUGGGUGAUAUCAUUUAGUUUUCUGAAAGAACUGUAAACUGUAUUUAUCCAUUAUACUAACAUAUGACCACACAUGGGUUUAUUCUCCUUUACUGUUGCAAUAUCCAUCCGUAUACGUCUUUAAGACUUCAAGUCCUUUAUUUCUGCCCAGACUUCAUAGUAACUCAACCAGAAAAUGAAGAUAAAGCUACAUUAGUUGUCCUCCUUUACUCUUCUUGGUCAAUAUGCUUCACUUCAAUACUCUUUUUAACAUUUUUAUUGUGCUAUUAGACUAUAAUAAUCGCAGAUCUCAAGUUCAAGGGUCGUAUUCACUGGAAGCUGAACGGAAGCAAACAGGAAGGGACCUACCUCCAUUGGUCUAAUGAGAAACGUUUGUUUUCCGUUGCAAACCGUUUUGCUACGGUAUGCAGUAAUGAGUACGACCAAGGUGUGUUUUCGGGGUUCAGUUUUGUGUAUAGUGGUAUGCGUCGUGCCCCCCCCCGUCAUGGAUCUAUUGAGUAUCCAUGACAACGUCCUGUCGUAUUGAAACCUCUGUGUUGUCUGUCUGAUGGGGAGUUCUGGCUGUGUGUAAGGGGGUGAAGUUUCCCCUAAGUACAGAUCUAGGAGCUGCUUCUCCUCCCCCAAUCCUAACCUUAACCAUUAGUGGGGAAAAUGUGAAACUGACUUAAGAUCAGCAUCUAGGGGCAACUCCACCCAACACCGUGUUAUAACUGUUCAUUUUUUCCCACAAGGCAUUGCCAUGACCUUUCACAGUUGAAGCAAUAGAUUUGGAUGCAGACUUCCUACUUUUCGAGCAACCUGGGGUUUGUAGUCCCAUGAGUGAGUAUGAUUGACAGCUAUGUGAUUGCUGUCUGUAGUUUUGAUUGAGUGUUGAACACACACACACACUGUUGCCUGUGUAAAGACAGACUGGUCAUGUUGAAUGUCAUUCUCUUCUUGAGUAUCUAGACGUCACGAUAAUUCUGAAUGAAACAGUAUUUAUAGGGACAAAAUACCUCAGUGUAAAGUAGUCCUGAACUUCAAUCUUCAGGAUUUAGUGGUGGAGGGGGGGGGGGGGGGGCAUUACAUAGUAUUUGUCUAUGGAUGGUAUUUGAUCAUGUUUUCACUGUAUGGGAGUGUAUUUAGUGUACAGUGUGUACAGUAUGGGUGUGUGUGUUGUAUUGUAUACAGAGGUAUCUCCACUGUCUCUGAAUCUGACUGAUACUCACCUCAGGGAGAACACACACACCUCUGUCUGCCGUAUAGACACACCACACACACACACACCUCUGUCUGCCGUAUAGACACACCACACACACACACAACUCUGUCUGCCGUAUAGACACACCACACACACACACACCUCUGUCUGCCGUAUAGACACACCACACACACACACACAACGCUGUCUGAUCUAUAGACACACACACACACCUGUCUGUCCCAUAGAUACACACACACACCUCUGUCUGCCGUAUAGACAUUCAAACAGACACUCCUCUGUCUGGCCCAUAGACGUCCUAACAGACACUCCUCUGUCUGGCCCAUAGACGUCCUAACAGACACUCCUCUGUCUGGCCCAUAGACGUCCUAACAGACACUCCUCUGUCUGGCCCAUAGACGUCCUAACAGACACUCUCUCCUUGCAACAGACUUCAGAGGAUACCUCAUCGGUAGUUAAAGGUGUCUGUCUUGUCUUCUACAGCCCACUGUCCAAAGCCUCAUGUUUAUACUCUAUGUAAGUACGCAACACAAGCCGAGCCAAAUGGCUGUUAGGGUUUAUGGUGUAGCAAAAAUAUGCAAACGUGUUCAGCCCUGCAAUUUGUAAAUACACAGGAUCACCAUGUUGUGGUGUUGCGUUGUUGUGUAUAAUACUCUUAACAUCUUGUCUGUCAGCUGUUCUAUGGACUUGACAAAGGCACUGUGUUCCUCUUAUUGGGGAACAUGUGUAAGUAAGGGCUUUACUCUCUGGUCGUCCCUAAUGGCACCCUGUUCCCUUCAUAGGCCUCUGGUCGUCCCUAAAGGCACUGUGUUCCUCUUAUUGGGGAACAUGUGUAAGUAAGGGCUUUACUCUCUGGUCGUCCCUAAUGGCACCCUGUUCCCUUCAUAGGCCUCUGGUCGUCCCUAAAGGCACUGUGUUCCUCUUAUUGGGGAACAUGUGUAAGUAAGGGCUUUACUCUCUGGUCGUCCCUAAUGGCACUCUGUUCCCUUCAUAGGCCUCUGGUCAAUAGUAGUGCAUUGUAUAGUACAGCUGGGACGUUAAACCGAUCAUUAUCGACACCGGAAAUACCGAUCAUUAUUGACACCGGCAAUACCGAUCACUUAGCUGAUUAAACCGAUCAUUAUCGACACUGGCAUUACCGAUCACUUAGCUGAUUAAACCGAUCAUUAUCGACACUGGCAUUACCGAUCACUUAGCUGAUUAAACCGAUCAUUAUCGACACUGGCAUUACCGAUCACUUAGCUGAUUAAACCGAUCAUUAUCGACACUGGCAUUACCGAUCACUUAUCGUAGGCAGUAACUUAUUCUAGAGAAAUGUGAAGUUUGAAAUGAAGUAAGUUUGCCAAUAUGAUUUGUUAAUGGGACAAUUGACUGCUACAACCAUCUAACUAGUAGUUUAAAGGAGAAUAAUAGAAACUGUGGUGCAGAUUAAUGUUAUAAACAGAUUGUUAUAUUUAUCAGUAUCGCAUCAAUUCAGGCAAUUUAUCACCAUAUGUAUUUUGGUCCACGUCACCCAGCUCUACUAUAUAGGGAACAGGAUGCCGUUUUGGACUCGGCCAAUGUCUGUGUCUGUAUACUGUCUGCAUGGUGUCUCUGUUUCUCCAUCCCUCUCUCUAGCUCUGGUCCCGGGCGUUAGUGAAGGAAGGCUGAGCAGUAACACCCUGGACCAGAGCUAGAGUAUCUCUUCUGUCCGUUGGAUUUCUGAUGCUUUAAGGCAAAAGCUGAGAAUGUUUUCCGAUUUUAACAGUUUUUCUACCGACUUUUAACAAUAAAGUUUAAAACAUGA